GUGGAGCAGUAGCCUGUAGUCUGUAAUUUUCCAACCAGCACUGUAUGAAGUGAGAGUGGGGGUUUCUCCCAGAUCUGGGAGAUCUCCGUAACCUGAUCUCCAGCUUAGAGUCGGAGCUGGGAGUGUGGCAGUGAAAGACUGGCAGGAUCUCUUGGUGAAUCUUCAGAUUUUCCAGUGAAGACGAAAAAAAGCUGGGAGUCCAUCUUAAACAUUUUAGCCUUUCUAGGGCCCUAGCAGCGCUGGUUGGAAUUUCAAAAAGCCUAGACUGGGCUCAUAGGAGAUAGUGAAUUCCGAGGGGGAGGGGGAGGGGAAGGGAGAGGGAGAAACAGAUUUAGAGUCUAAACUGAAGACUCCAGCUUAAAAAAAAUCCGCCCCACCCCUCCCCGCCGGGUCCCUGGAUCCAGCCUUCUCAAGAAACCUAUUUGAGAUCUCUUACUCCAGCUACAGAACAGAGACCAGAGAAUCACAGGAAGGAAUGACUUCUAAAGAUACUGAGCUUCGGAGAUCUCUGUGUAAGAGCUGCAGAAAUGAUCAACUUAGAGGGAUCAGUGACACUCCAGGAUGUGGCUGUGGAAUUCACCCCAGAGGAGUGGCAGCUGCUUGACUGUGAUCAGAGAACCUUGUAUUGGGAUGUGAUGUUGGAGAACUUUAGAAACCUCAUCUCAAUGGGGUGUCCAGUCACCAAAACAAAAGUGAUCUUCAAGGUGGAGCAAGGACAAGAGCCAUGGAUGGUGGAGGGAGAGAACCCAUGUUGGCGCUCUCCAGAAGCUGACUGCCCACUUAUUGAUGAAUCAGACAAGAACCAGGAAAGCAAAGACAAUUUUUUGAAUUCAGUUUUGUUCAUGUUCAAUAAAAUUCUGACUGUGAAGAGACUUCAUGGUUAUAAUAUGAACACAAGUCUUAAUCCUACAAGAAAAAAAUCAUAUAAAUGUAAGUCAUAUAGGAAGAGUUUGCAACCUACUUCAGACUUACUUAAUUGUAAUAGAUGUUAUACUGGAGAAAACUGUUAUGAAUGCAGUGAAUGUGGGAAAGCCUUCAAAAAGAAGUUUCAUUUUAUUAGACAUGAAAAAAAUCAUACAAGAAAAAAACCCUUUGAAUGCAACGACUGUGGGAAAGCCUAUAGCAGGAAGGCUCACCUUGCAACUCAUCAGAAAAUACAUAAUGGAGAGAGACCCUUUGUGUGCAGUGAUUGUGGGAAAGCGUUUACGCAUAAAGCACAACUCGUGGUCCAUCAGAGACUCCACACUGGAGAGAAGCCUUAUGAAUGCGGUCAAUGCGGGAAAUCAUUCACCUGGAACUCCUCCUUUACUCAACACGUGAAAUCACAUACACUUGAGAACUCAUUUGAAUGUAAGGAAUGUGGGAAAACCUUCAGGUAUAGUUCAUCCCUUUAUAAACACUCUAGAUUUCAUACAGGAGAGAAACCCUAUCGAUGCAUCGUAUGCGGCAAAGCCUUUGGCAACACUUCUGUGCUUGUUACGCAUCAAAGAAUUCACACAGGAGAGAAACCUUAUGGAUGUAUUGAAUGUGGCAAAGCCUUCAUCAAGAAGUCUCAUCUCCUCAGACAUCAGAUAAUUCAUACAGGAGAAAAGCCCUAUGAAUGUAGCAAAUGUGGGAAAGCAUUUUCCCAGAAGUCAAAUCUUAUUGUACAUCAGAAAAUUCAUAUGUAAUAUUCACUUAUGAAUCUGAGAAAACUUUAAAUAUUUGAUAAACCUUAUUAAGUAGAGAAUUUAUGAUGAGGAGAAAUCCACCAAUCUGAAUGAACUGGAAGAAUAAAUUCCCAUUAAAAAAAACCAAUGCCAAUCAUGUUCUCAAGUGAUAAUAAAGUUUUUAGAGAAAAGAUCACAGAAAAAGUUAAUUUAUAAAUGCACAUAGAGCUUGGAAAGUAAGCAUAAAUUAAACAAUCAAGGAAUCAGUGAAAACUACAUUUACCAUCUCUGAUUUUUAAUUUUUAUAACAAAUUAUACAAUUAUGCAAGUGUGAGUAAAAUGUUUAUAUUAUAUAUUAUAUUAAAUUAUAUCUAUUAAGAGUUUCUGCAGUAAAUUUCACCAUUUUUUUCUUCCAACCCUAACAGUAACAUGCAAGUGAAAACAUGUGGUUUAAUAUGUAGUAUGAAUUUCAGUAAUAUUUUCGCCCAUUUGCUGGCACUUUUAAGGGGUAUGGCAGUGUUACUGAAUCUCAUUCUCAAACUUGUUAUAAAGAUGUAUAGAAUUACACAUAUGUAUAAUUUAACAAGAUACCAGUUGAGAGGGGGAAAGCAGUUGUAUUCUGUAUUACAGUAAGUACUCAGUUGAGGAAAAGAAGUAUUUAAAUAAGUGUGUAAAUAAAACAUUUGCCCUUCAAAUAUUCCUGUUC